GAGGAGGAGGGGCAGAUGAGAGUUAGCCCCUCCUCCCGUCCGGUUCUGUCGGCACGCGACUCGAACCGUUUACGGCUCCUAACCGACCAGUCACCGAGGGCUGCGCGAGGACGCGAAGCAGCGCGUGUGCGUGCGCGUAACCCGGCUCGUGCGCGCUUCCAAGACUCUUACCGGUUGAAGGAAGUUUGGUACCGGGAAUGUAACGGAGCUGUUAGCGGGUUUUACCGAGUCUGUGGCCGGUUCUGGUCGUCUAGCAGCAGAGGAGGUCUCCGGAAACUCCGACAUGGUUCUGACUCCAGAAUACCGGACCCGGUUCUGACCGAGCAGAGCUGGAUCCUGGUCGGUACCCUCAUAUCUGGUGAGAUGAUGCUGGUUCUGGUUCUGCUGUGCUGGUUCUGUGCGCUGACCCGGACUCAGCUUCUGGACCUCAACAGCUGGGGGCCGGCCCUGUUGUCUGACGGCCUCUGUCGCUACGGCAACGCUGUGCAGUGCUGCUGGGGCUGGAGGUGGACGGAGCUGGGACGGUGUCAGCCUCACUGUCAGCAGGGAUGUAAACAUGGAGAAUGUGUCGAACCAGACAGAUGCAAAUGUUACCCAGGAUACACCGGAAGAGCCUGUAACCAAGACCUGAACGAGUGCGGCCUGAAGCCCCGCCCCUGCAAACACCGCUGCAUGAACACACCUGGCAGCUUUAAGUGUUUCUGUCAGGACGGAUUCUCUCUGCAGGCCGACGGCAGCUGCAGGAACGUCCGAACCUGUUACCAUGCCAACUGUCAGUAUGGCUGUGAGGUGACGAAGGGUCAGGUGAGCUGUACCUGUCCAUCGCCAGGGUUACGUCUGGGACCAGACAGGCGCUCAUGUGUCGACGUUAACGAGUGUGUGUCAGGAGAGGUUGUGUGUCCUCAUCGUAGAAAGUGCUUAAACACAUUUGGGAGCUUCAUCUGUAAAUGUCACCUGGGCUUCAAGCUAACGUACAUCAAUGGCAGAUACACCUGCAUAGAUAAAGACAGUCGGCCCUUCUGCUCUCUCAAUCCGUCCUCUCCAAAGUGCCGGUGUAAAGAUGACACCUGCAAAGACAUCCCCAGAGUGACUUUAAAACCAGAGAGACCCAGAACUACAACUCCCAUGAGUACCACAGCUACGACUCCCACCCGUCCUCAACCAACUAUCCACCCGACAACCACUGUUGCUUCGACAACCAUCACCAUAGCAACAACCCUUUUGGCUCUGUCUACAGCUACCCCAACUCCAACAAUCCCACCCACCAUAACAGACCCACCCACUACAACAACCCCACCCACUACAACCACAACACCAAUCCCACCCACCACAACAACCCCACUCACUACAACCACAACAACCCCACUCACUACAACCACAACAACCCCACUCACUACAACCACAACAACCCCACUCACUACAACCACAACAACAGACCCACUCACCACAACAACACCACCCACUACAACCACAACAACAACACCAACUUCAACCACACCUCCACCCACCACAACAACUCCACCCACCACAACAACUCCACCCACUACAACCACAACACCACCCACCACAACAACUCCACCCACUACAACAACAACACCACCCACUACAACCACAACAACAACACCAACUACAACCACACCUCCACCCACCACAACAACUCCACCCACUACAACAACAACCCCACCCACUACAACCACAACAACAGACCCACUCACCACAACAACACCACCCACUACAACCACAACAACAACACCAACUACAACCACACCUCCACCCACCACAACAACUCCACCCACUACAACAACAACCCCACCCACUACAACCACAACACCACCACCCACUACAAAAGCAUCAACAACUCCGAAACCUUUGCCCACCACCCAGCAAACGACUACACCAUCUCCUCCCACCAGGCAGGUGACGACCCCACUGAACAAGGACGUGACGCAGAGGCAGAGAGGAGACGUCCACAUCCCUCGACAGCCGAGCACCAAUCAUGUGUUGGAGUUUGACAUUGAGCUGGGAAACACUGCUGACGAUAUUGGAGACGAUCCUGAUGCUGGUGUUCUUCACUGCUCCUUUGACCAGGGACUUUGUGACUGGAUGUCUGAGAGAGAUGGAGAUCUGCACUGGGAAAUCAUGAACUCUCCUACAGGUGGACACUUCCUGUCCGUCCCUGACUUGAAGGCAGGUCAGAGGAGCGUUCGAGGCGCUCGAUUGGCCAUCCAGAUCUCCCAGCUCUGGAGCCACGGUGACCUGUGUUUCUCCUUCUCUCAUUGGCUGACGGGGCAUCAGGUGGGCGUGCUGCAGCUGUUCAUCAGUAAGCCGGGUCAUGACCAACGGUAUGGCUCCGCCCUCUGGAGCAGGACCGGAGGACAUGGCUGGAGACAGACCCAGGUCACCAUGACGACACAUUCUGUGGACAGAGUGCUGCUGAAGGCUGAGCGAAGAAAAGGUCGACGUGGACAGAUUGCUGUUGAUGAUGUCAUUGUGAAGCGCGGGGCAUGUUGAUGACAUCACAGACCAACUUCUGUUCUGAUGGACGUUCUUGUUGCAGAACGCUAAAUGUUCCUGCUUCUUUCUGGAGGCUCAGCGUCAACAUGCCGAGCCGAGCGUAUUUAUUACCUGUUCAGUCAUGAAUCAGUAAAAACAUUAAACGUUUUCUCAAACAGGA